AUGUUAUCCGGGAUUCUCAUCUUCAACCAGAAAGGCGAGAAUCUCAUCUUCCGCGCCUUUCGAAAUGAUUGCCGUCCACGGCUCGCCGACGUCUUUCGCAUCCAGGUUAUCUCCAAUGCACAAGUUCGCUCUCCGAUCCUCACCCUCGGAUCGACGACCUUCAGCCACGUCAAGCAUGAGAACAUAUAUCUGGUGGCGAUAACCAAGAGCAAUGCCAAUGCGGCGCUGGUGUUCGAGUUCUUGUAUCGACUGGUGGGGCUGGGGAGGGGCUACUUUGGGAAGUUCGAUGAGGAAGCUGUGAAGAACAACUUUGUGCUGGUCUACGAGCUCUUGGAUGAGAUCUUGGACUUCGGAUAUCCUCAAAAUACGGAGACGGACACAUUGAAGAUGUAUAUAACUACGGAAGGUGUCAAGUCGGAACGAACAAUGGAGGACUCGUCCAGAAUCACAAUGCAGGCUACGGGCGCCUUAUCGUGGCGGCGAUCAGAUAUAAGGUAUCGAAAGAACGAAGCUUUCGUGGACGUCAUAGAAGACGUGAAUCUCUUGAUGUCAGCUACAGGAACAGUCCUACGAGCGGAUGUCAAUGGCCAAAUUGUCAUGCGUGCCUAUCUCUCCGGAACCCCCGAAUGCAAGUUUGGGCUCAACGAUCGGCUGCUGCUAGACGGCGACAGCCUCUCUGCGCCCUCAGGAAAUACAGCAGGUACUAAAGCUACGAAAGCAGCCGCAGGCAGUGUGACGCUUGAAGACUGUCAAUUCCAUCAAUGCGUCAAGCUGGGCAAAUUCGAUGCAGACCGUAUCAUCUCUUUCGUACCGCCAGACGGCGAGUUCGAGCUCAUGCGGUAUCGAGCUACAGAGAACGUCAACCUGCCCUUCAAGGUCCACGCCAUUGUCAAUGAGGUCGGCAAGUCGAAGGUCGAGUAUAGCAUUGCCAUCAAAGCCAACUACGGUAGCAAGCUCUUCGCUACUAAUGUUGUAGUCCGGGUACCGACGCCGCUGAAUGCUGCAAGGAUUACGGAAAGGGUGUCCCAGGGCAAAGCUAAAUAUGAGCCAGAGCAAAACAACAUUGUUUGGAAGAUUCCAAGAUUUUCAGGACAGAGCGAAUACGUCCUUUCUGCAGAAGCGUCUUUGACUUCGAUGACAAAUCAGAAGACUUGGAGCAGGCCACCGUUGAGUUUGAGCUUUUCGCUUUUGAUGUUCACGAGUUCGGGUUUAUUGGUGCGGUAUUUGAAGGUGUUUGAGAAGAGUAAUUAUGGGAGCGUGAAGUGGGUGCGGUAUAUGACAAGGGCUGGCAGCUAUGAGAUUAGGUUCUAA